GGAAGAUAGGGCAAGUCACUCGACGCUGGCCCGCGAGAUUAAUUCAAGCUGCCGAUCGCCAUUACCUUAGGCUCGAGCAUUUACCGUUCUGACGAGAUAGCAAACCCUCUUCUUCUUCGUACUGAGCCUCUUCUAUUUCCGAAGACCGAAGCCUGCUGUUAUGCAUUUGAAGUUCAACCACAAAACUUGCGACUAAAGUUGGUUUGCCAAAUGCUGGACUACAUGCUUAAUCCAUUCUAGGAAUAAAAAGAUGGCUCGUGAUAUUAGUUGGAAACACUGUACUAUAGUGCAAGAUGCAAAACGUGGAAGACGUGGAACUGUGCUUGUAUGUAACUAUUGUGGAAGAAGAUACAAUGGUGGUUCUGGGGUACAUCAUAUAAAGUGCCACCUAGCAAGAAUUGGCAAGGAAGCAAAACCCUGCCCAAAUGUUCCUCCUCAUGUUGAAGAGCUGAUCAAGCGUGAUCUUGGAGAAAAUGUUCAAAGGAAGCGGAAACCACAACCUACUGCAUCUGAGGAUAUACAGAUAAUGGACAGUUGUGAUAAUUCCACUAAAAGGAGCAGAAAAGAUGACAGGACGAAAGAGCAAUUUGAAAUGCAAGACAGAACUGAAGAAUUAGUUAUGUUCCAGCCUACUCGUAGUGUGCAUGGGAACAAAGAAGGAUCCCAAUUUGAAGAAGCCUCAUCUCAUGUGGUACAGGCCAUGAUGGAUGAGGAGAUCCCCCCAUCAAACACCACAGUCAUCAAAGAGGCUCAUCCAGAACCUGAGGAGGGCACAAUUGAUGGAAUUCUAAAAAGGUUAAGAAAUAUUGAGGCUCAACUGCAACAAUUGCAACAUCUUCAAGCCCUUGAGUCUAAACUAAAGAAGCUAGAGCAAUUAAUAAGCACACAAUUGAUGGAAUGCAAGUCAGAAAUGCUCCAGGGGUUCACUUCACUGUCACUCCAAAUUCAGAGAUCUUCUACAAUGCCUGAAGCCAACAUGACUCAUACCGAAGAGGCAAUCAAUUUCCAGACAAAUGUGGUGUUUCCACAUGCUUCAGAUUUUCCUUCUUUCACCGAAUUGGAGAAAAAAGCAAUUGUGUAUGCUUUAUUUAACCCCAAUGGACCACUUGAUGAAAAUUUGGUAAUUCUAUGGACGUCUCACCUAACAAGGUCGGAGCUUCUCUGCAUGAGGGAUGAUAAUCGGGUUUCUAGUGCUGUUGUGAAUUGCAUGGUGGAUGUACUAGUGCAUAAACAGUUAGCUAAUGGUUUGGUAAAACGUCAUUACUUUCCCACAUAUUUUGCGGAAAAAAUUCUAAAAGAUGAACCCCCAAGUCUAGAGGAGUCAAAAGCUUUUUAUCAAAGUCUACUUAAAUAUGAUCUAUUGCAAUGUGAAUUGUUAUUCAUUCCCCUUUGCAUUGACUCCCACUGGUUCGUAUAUGUCAUAAAUCUAAGGGACAAGAGGGUGGAGGUUCUUAACAGCUUACCAAUGUCUGGAUUCACUAUAGAGCUCAAGUAUCUUCCUAGAAUGAAAGAAACUUGUAACGAAAUACUGAGUAGCUUGAGUGGAAGACCCAUGGCAAUUACAGAAUGGCCUGUGCUACUUCCUGAACUUCCAAUUCAAAAAACCAAUUAUGAUUGUGGUAUAUUUGUGCUAUGUUAUAUGGAGUAUUGGGAUGGACGAUUAAUGAAGUCCUUUGCACAGGAUGAUAUCCCAUACUUCCGCAUGAAGAUUAUGGCCGAUCUAUUGUUGCACCCAGACAAUAAGGUAGUAAUUAGGGAUUGUUAAAGUUCCCAUUGAAGCAGAAUUAGGGGCUAUUUUGCAAGCUAUUUCUUUUGCUCGGUUUCAGGGCUGGGAAUCUUUAAUGGUCUUUUCCGAUGCGAAAAAUGGUGUCUACUCUUCAGGGAAAAGAAUUUGCAAUUUCUUGGUUUUUUUGUAUCUAGCUUAAUAAAAUAUUGUUUGUACUUGGAACUCUUAACAAUGUCUCAUUUGUAUAUAAGUCUAGGUCAUAUACUAAAGCUGUUCAUGUACUGGCCCAGAAAGCAAAACCUUUGAUGUGUGUUAUUGGUGGGAUAACCUACCUGACUUGAUCAAUAUUUAUGUAAUCAUAUUUUUUAUUAGUUAA